GCUGUGUACUCCCCCUCCCCUCUCUGUGACAUCAGGAGGAGAGCAGUCACAUGGUCUGCAGAGAAGCUACUGCUUUCACUUCCGACUUCCUGCUUGCUGUCCAGAGUCCAGGAGCAGCCCUCAUUGCACAGACGACUAUCAAACCUCCUGUUCUUUAGGAACUGCUUUUGAGUAAAAUGAGUGAGAACAACCAUCUUAACAAUGAAGGUACAAAUACCCAAACAGAAAUAGCCAUCAAGCCAUUGCCAUUUAAACAACCACAAUUUCUACAUUCAGGCAUUGGAGGAGCAGCAGCAGGAAAAAAGAACAGGACCUGGAAGAACCUAAAACAAAUUCUUGCUUUAGAAAGGGCAUUGUCAUGGCAACUAAAUGAUCCAAGCUAUUUCAGUAUUGAUGCUCCUCCAUCUUGCAAGCCAGCGAAGAAAUACUCUGAUAUUUCAGGACUUCCUGCAGCAUCCUGCACCAGGACUAUGGAGCCAGUACCAGGGCGCCAGCCGACUGUGCCCACUGGAGUGAGGGUCUUUAUCAGUCUCUUGGGAAAAUGGAAAAUCAAGGCCAAUUAUACGGACCCUCAAAGCAAGUUAAGAUUCAGUACAAUCGAGGAAUUCAAUUAUAUCAGAAUGCUUCCUACUGAUGUAGUAACUGGAUAUCUUACUCUAAGAAAAGCAACAAGUAUAGUUUCAUAGAUGCCAAGUAAUUACUAACAUUUCAAUAAACUCUUUUUCAGUUUCA